UCCGUGUCUCUCUUUCGUAUCGCCUCCACACCGAACCAGAAGCUUCGCUUCACUCCUCCCUCCGCCGCCGCCGCACCUGCAGCCGCCGCGGGCGGGAACUUGCCCUUGGCCGUGCCGAUUCCACGCGCCCGCUCCCGUCUUAUCUCGGCGAAGGAAUCUGUUCACAAUGGCCCGCGUCUAUGUUGGCAACUUGGAUGCCCGGGUGACUUCUGGGGAACUUGAAGACGAGUUUCGUGUGUUUGGAGUUCUGCGAAGUGUCUGGGUUGCGCGUAAACCCCCGGGCUUUGCAUUUAUUGAUUUUGAUGACAGGCGCGAUGCGGAGGAUGCGAUUCGUGAUCUAGAUGGUAAGAAUGGAUGGAGAGUUGAGCUAUCUCGUAAUUCCAGUGGUCGUGGUGGCCGUGAUCGGUAUGGUGGAUCUGAGUCGAAGUGCUAUGAGUGUGGUGAGACUGGGCACUUUGCGCGUGAAUGUCGUCUGCGUGUUGGCUCUGGAGGCCUAGGCAGUGGAAGACGUCGCAGCAGGAGCAGGAGCAGGAGCAGGAGCAGGAGCCGCAGCCGCAGCCCCAGAUACCGCAGAAGUCCAAGCUAUAGUAGAAGAAGCUAUAGCCCUCGGUAUCGCUCUCCAAGGCGCCGUAGUCCUUCGCCAGCUCGUGGACGCAGCUAUAGCAGGUCGCCGUAGUACAACCACGACUGAUAUGUAUCUCCCUAUGUUAAUGGAGAUAAUGAUGCCAGUACUGGUGACCUGAAGCCCGUGCCUGAUUAUAGUUCUGUGUGAGAACUUGCUCCUUGGUUUGGCUGCCAGGAACAAAUUCAGAACUGUCGUCAACUGCAUGACUUCAGUUCAGGUUUACAACUUUAUCUAGCUUAUUGUGAUUGUCUUGAUUAUGUCAUUAAAAGAUAUUAAGAUUUGGAUGUAUUAUGCAACUAAGACAUUACCUUUCUUCUGUGUGUUAAAAAGGCGUGUUCUGCUUAAACGACUCGGCCCUCUACGGCUCUCAGUUGUAGUCUGCAUGGUUUUGUUCCUCCAUUCUUCGCACGCCUUUGUCUGCAAACGAAUGCCAAUCUUCCAUUACUCCCUGCCUUCGAUGUCUCAUCAAGUCAUCAUGACUGAUUCUUCACCGAAGAUGCUACUUCGUCACAAAUUAGUAAUAUCCCUUUUCUUGAAAUAGUUAAUAAGGUUUGGGUGUACUGAGAACUAACAAAUGCAGCUUGCGAAAGAAAUAGGACCAUUGAUUUUCUUCAUAGAACAAGAACUCCACAUCAUAUUGCUUGCGCUGCCGUGUGAAAAUAAAUCUACAACUGUGCAUGCUGGGGAUUGGGUUGAAUGAAGUGUGGCCUUCAGCUGCACCUAGUUGGGCAUUCAAGGACAGCACAGCCUUCGACUUGUUGGUCUUAUUCACUGUGCUUUUGGUUUUUCAAUUUCUGUUCACUGCUUUCUUCCUUCACUGCACCACUGCCAUUGGGUAGCCUUCUUGGACAAUGCCUUAUAUGUUGUGCUGUCGUGGUAAGUUUUUGUUCAUGCCUUCAGCUGUUUUCUUUUCUCAUCAGUGUUGUCCGACAUUUUGCUAGAGUUCGCUUCAAUUGUAGUAUAUAAUAUAUUUCCUCUAGGUAAUUGUAAUUUUAUGCAAGUUCCCAACGUUCAGAUAUGAGGUAUGAUCUUGAAUGAGGACCUUUCCAAUGUUCCCUAUAA